ACCUACUGCUUAUUGAAUAAAAUCGCUUUUUUUUUCUUUAUUAUGGUUACCUUUGAAGUAAAGUGGGCUACAAAGCGGCUUGUGAUUAAAACAACUCAAGAUGAGUAUGACAUAAUGACUGUAGCUGAUCUCAAGCUAAAAUGUCAAGAAUGGACCGAGAUUGAACCUGUAUUCAUAAAGUUAUUAGCUCAUGGAGUUGUGUUAAAGGAUGAUGCAGCACUACUGAAGCAGUAUAAGAUCAUGCACGGUUCCAAGAUCAUGUUGAUGGGAUCCAAAAACCAUGUCCCACCUCCCACCACACAACCAAAACAUGAUGCACCUAUUGCCGUCAAACUCUUGUGGCUAAAGAAUAGACGCGAAUCUGUCCUUAAGCCUGAUAUCAGGCGAUACGAGAAACAUGUUCAAGAACAUUUAGCUUCUGAACAAAGACCACCAGAAAAGACAAAGAAGCUCAUCAUGUAUGGCAACUAUAUUCAUGAACAACUGAUGCAUAUGAUGCAACAACUGGACACAAUGCCUGAAGUUACUGACUCAGAACGAGCUGAACGCAAAUCAAACGUUAAAGAUACAGAGACUUUAUUGGAUUUGAUAGAUUCCAUUAGACAAACAUUAGGACAAUAAUAAAAAGGAAAAACUAAGAGAGGGAAACACC